AUGCCGUGCUUCAGCUGCGGACACGGAUCCCUAGCCCGCGACGACACCACCGGGAGUCUCGUCUGCGAAUCAUGCGGCACCGUGCAAGAAUUCCGCAAUUUCGAGGAUCGGGCCGUCGGUCCGAGCGGUGGCGGCCAGCAAGGCUCCUUCGUCCGCGUUGGCACUUCAGGCACAGGCGGUUCAUUGGCGUACAAAGAGAAGAAGGUAUACGAGGCCGGUAAGAUCAUCGACGAAAUUACGCUUAGGUUGAACUUGAGUGGUAGAGCUGUGAAUGAAAUUAGGUCGAUGAUUGAUCAGAUUACGGAAGGUGAAUAUGGUUCGGACGAUUGGUUCCAUGUACUGGUUGGUGCUUGUUCUUAUGUUGAAAUGAGGGUUCAGAACAAGGCCUUUUCGAUUGGGGAGGUGAGCGAAGCGGUUGGGUGUGAUGUUUAUGAGCUGGGGAGGAUGGUCGCUCGGGUGGUUGAGCAUUUGGAACUCAGGCUUCCCGAGUUCGAUAUAGUGAACGCUUUCGAGAGGGUUGUGACGAAUUUGGCGAGUUUGGGGAGGGUUGAUGGUGAUAGGGUUGGCAGGAUCAGAAAGCAAGGUGUUUUUUUGAUACAGUGUGCGAUUAAGUGGUUUUUGACUACUGGGAGGAGGCCGUUGCCUGUGGUAGCAGCUGUGCUUGUGUUGGUAGCUGAGUUGAAUGGGAUUAAGGAUGUGAAGCUCGAGGAUGUGGCGAAAGACGUGAAUGCUUCUGUCGUCACUGCCCGGUUGAGGUAUAAGGAGCUGCUGGAGACGCUUGUGGAGGUAGCUCAAGCAUUGCCGUGGGGGAAGAAUGUGACGGUGAAGAAUGUUGUAAAGAAUGCUCCACUUGUAAUUCGGUAUAUGGAGUUGAAGUCGACUAAUACCUGUGGCAAGGACAUUGAGAAUUUUCAGAGUGCUGUGUUUGAUCUUGGUGAGAUGAUUAGUGAGUGCUUGAGAAAUGAAAUUACUUAUGGUGCUGAGGAUGAUAGUCAGGAAGUAACUCAUGAUUCUCAGAAUGCUAUGAUAGAAGACAGAAGAUCAAUUGCUGAAGUUGGGCAUGCUGACGUGGAUAAUCUUCAGCUGUCACACGAGUGCUUGUCAUUGGCCUAUGAGAAGUUCUUGGAAGAAGGUGGCGGUGAUAGGUCUGCUAAGGUGAGGGGGGAUGUUCCUAGUCAGCAGGAACAAAGAGGUGUUGAGGUUUAUGCAGCAGAAUGGUGGAACGGCAAAUCACAAUUGAGCAAGAAGCUUUUGCUUGCGCAGAUAUUGGAAAACGAUGUGGGAUUGGAAACCAUGCCUCCGUCUUUUGUGAAGGGUUGUCUGGAUGCGGAGAAAAGGAGAGCGAAGAUAAAAGCUGCAAAGCUGCGUCUUAAAAGGGCUGGGUGCUCGUUUAAGGCAACUGAUAAAUCGGAUAUUAGGAAUACUGACCUUGUGGAUUGUGCAUACAGCAAGAAAAGGAAAAGAAAAAGAACAAGGAAGGAGCAAACUAUUGAUUGGGAGGAUUUUAUCAUUGAAGCCCUUCUUGUUCGUCAGGUGAAAGAGGAGGAAAUUGAGAAGGGGUACUACAAAGCCUUGUUAGGUUUGCAUGUGUUCAAUUCUGGGAUUAAUGUAAAAGAUUCUGAUGUAGGAGCUACGCUUACCAAGCUCAAAUAUAGAUCUAAUGUCUCGAGUCUUGACCCACCUUAA